UGCUCAGAGUGUGGGAAAAGUUUUAUUAAGCAGAGUCAUCUCAAACAACACCAGCGCAUUCACACAGGAGAGAAGCCAUAUCACUGCUCAGAGUGUGGCAAGAGUUUUAUUAAGCAGAGUCAUCUCAAACAACACCAGCGUAUUCACACAGGAGAGAAGCCAUAUCACUGCUCAGAGUGUGGAAAGAAUUUUACUGCGCAGAGUAAUCUCAAACAACACCAGCGUGUUCACACAGGACAGAAACCAUAUUACUGCUCAGAGUGUGGGAAGAGUUUUGCUCAACAGGUUAACCUCCAACAACACCAGCGUAUUCACACAGGAGAGAAACCGUAUCACUGCUUAGAGUGUGGAAAGAGUUUUGCUUACAGUUAUGCUCUUAAAGUACACCAGCGUAUUCACACAGGAGAGAAACCAUAUUACUGUUCAGAGUGUGGAAAGAGUUUUAUUCAAAGUAGUGACCUUAAAGUACACCAGCGUGUUCACACUGGAGAGAAGCCGUAUCACUGCUCAGAGUGUGGAAAGAGUUUUGCUCAACAGGUUAACCUCCAAAAACACCAGCAUAUUCACACAGGAGCAAAACCAUAUCACUGCACUGAGUGUGGAAAGAGUUUUACUCAAAGUAAUACCCUUAAAGUACACCAGCGUAUUCACACAGGAGAGAAACCGUAUCACUGCUCAGAAUGUGGAAAGAUUUUUGCUCAUGAAAAGAAUCUCAAACAGCAUCAGCGU